GUCUACGGCCAAAAGUUGGCCUCUCAUUUCUAGAAGACGAAAGCUGCGAUGAUUUAGGAGAAAGUGAGUAGAUGGGGGCUGAAGGCUGCCUGCCGCCCCACGCCACAUCGUGUGCCCAUGUGGCUGGGCCCCUGCCUCUGGCUUCUUUCCUAGAUCAACUGUCGUACUCGGUGAGACAAGGGUCGUCAUCCACUCACCCCUCCCUCCGAUUGCUGUCUAAACAUAUGUUACUUACCACUACCGCUAACCCCAAGCCCCCGACAGAACAAAAUCAAACAAGACCAAACAGUCCUGUCUCCUGGAGACACUGGACAGGUCGUAUCCAUCCCUGAGAUGGCUGGCUAUUUUCUCCUCUCACUGUGAUUCAGAUCUUGGAUUCCCCUAGGAAAGCGUUGCCUGGGUGAAGUUGUACCACCAGCAAGAAAGGAAUCUUCUGGGACUCCAGGAGAAAGCUUCCUCCUUAUCUCAGCUCUUAGGAAUGGCUCUCCAGCUGCUGCCAUAGCCAUAUGGGCCCAGCCCCAAGGCUGCUGCAGACCUCCCAGGUGUCUUAGAAAGAAGGAGGCGACCAGUGGUGUAGCCAGAGCUGAGCGGAGGCAGUGACCCAUUUACAGAAGUAUCCCAAAGCACAGUGGCCAGCAGCCUGUGCUGCAGUGCCUUGGCGUGUGGCUAAGGUGCAGCCGGCCUAGGCUGGUGGAGUAUGGAGCUCCGGAGCCAAAGGAGACCCUGAAACAGGGCCCGUGUGCCAUCAGCGUGGGGUGACAUUGUUAUUCCAGAGGCUCCUGCCAUUCUCCCUUUGUGCAGCAGGCAUCUGAGUAACUGGUGGGCACUGAGCUGGAGGUGGGCACACAUCUUGCCCUCCACAGCAGAAAGGCAAGUAGGAAACUGUGGGAGAGACACUUGAAACUUAAACUCACGCCGGGCGGUGGUGGCGCACGCCUUUAAUCCCAGCACUCGGGAGGCAGAGCCAGGCGGAUCUCUGUGAGUUCGAAGCCAACCUGGGCUACAGAGUUCUAGGAAAGGCACAAAGCUGUACAGAGAAACCCUGUCUCAAAAGAAAAAAAGAAAAAAAAAACUUUAAGAAACUCAAAACUGUAUAGUGGAGAGCAUAGCCCUUCAAAAUGUGUGAGAGAUUGUACAAAAGGAUGCUACGAUGGUUUCUGUUGACAACUUGACACAAUGUACAACCAUCUGGGAGGGAGUCUCAAUGAGGGAUUGCCCAGAUCCGUGCAGUGGUUUGAAUGAGGAUAUUCCCCCACAGGCUCAGAUGUUUGAAUACUUGGUCCCCAGUUGGUGGUGCUGUUUGGGAGGCUUAGGAGGUGUGGAUCUUAUGUCCUGGAGGUCGGCGUUGAGAGCAUAAUAUACUCAUGUCAUUUACGGUUCAUUCUCUCUGCUUGCUGCUUGCUGUUUGAGAUGGGAGCUAUUCCUGCCGCCAUGUCUGCCACCUGCCGCCAAGACGCCUGCCAUGAGGGACUCUUACGCCUCUGGAGUCAUACGAUCAAGUAGUUCAUCCCAGCAGCAGAAAUGGAAUCAGGACAUGCAAGAAGAGGACACACCAUGGAGCCAGGAGCAGGAAGCAGUGCCAAGGGGCAAAGGCCAGGGAGAAGCACAGAAGAUGAGCAGCUGCCGUCAGAGAAGAUGAGAGAGGACGUGUCUGGGAGGUGAGCCAGCUGCAGGACUGGCAGGUGAGAGAGAUUUGUCCUGACCAUGGGCCAGGUGGGACACAGGAAAACUUCAGCUACACCUUAUGCUGGGGAAGACAGUUCUCCUGACCACACUGCAUUUGCUGAAGCUCACCUAUUCCACAACUUGAUCCCUUGCACAUUAUUAUUUAUUGUUCUUAAUACCUUGAGGCUACUUGAAGACAGUCUUAAAUUUCAAAGUUGGCCCAGAAGCAAGAGAAUCAGUCGAGCGUGAGCUGAGCCCUUUGAAACAGCAAGCGAGCAAGCCAUUCUUUGCUCAAGUGGUUUCUUGGGUGGUGUGUCACAGCGAUGAGAAUGCUCACACGAAAACGGGCACAAACCCCCCUCACGAGGGCUCUGCUCUCACAACGUAACCACUUGCCGUGGACCCAGUCUCCUAAUACCGUCUGCGGUGGUGUGAAUGAGAAUGUUUCCUACAGGCUCACAUAUUUGAACACUUGGCACCAAGUUGGUGCUGCUGUUUGGAGAGGUUACAGACCUUUUAGGAGGUGGAAGAAGUAUAUCAUUGGGGGUAGACUUUGGGGUUUAGAGCCUCACGCCUUUUACUGUUCCCUCUCCUUCUUUCCUGUGUGUGGAUAAGACGUGAUAAGCCGGCUUCCUGCUCCGACGUCCAUGCCAUGCCUUCCCAACCAUAAUGCACUCUUUCUCCCUCUGGAACCAAAAGCCAAAAGAAACUCUUCCUUAAGUUGCUUUUGGUCUUGAUAUUUUAUCACAGCAACAAAAAGUAACUGGCAAUCUAUCCCUCGGCUGGGGGAAAUAAGGGUGGUGUGAGAGUAGCAUAUCCACCCACAGGUUUGGGAGGGAGGUGUUAUUCAGCUCAUACCAACCUUGACGAUUGAUAGAGAUGAACCGUGAGAUCUAAUAGGAAUGCCAUGUUUCACCGCCAGGUAGACAAGCUCCAUCACAAGUAACAUUUGAUCAAGAAAGGCUUGUGCAAGCUGAGGUUGGAAGCUGGGUUAGGAAGAGGAUUGUGCUUUGGCGAAGAGCUAAGUGGUAGUCUUAUUGUGAGCAGACAGAUACAAUGAGAGGAAGGAAGACAGAGGUGGGUGGCCUAAGCAUGGCCUGUGUGUUCUUCAGCAUGGCGUCAGUCUGAUGCAGCUACUCAUCUACAAGAGGAGGAACGAGGAGGAAGGUAGGCGGAGCCAGGAGAGUCACGCCACAGAGAAGAAAACUCCGGAAGCAUUUCUCCCAGUAUUUCCCUCCCCUGCGCCCUUUGUUUCCUGCUUAUGACUUUGCAGCCACUCUGCUCAUGGGAACCAGAGGUGCCAGGGCAGCUUCGGGGUACAAAAGGGCUGGGGGCAAGGUGCAUGGCAAGGGUGGAAAGGUUGCGUUGGUCAUUGGUUAAGAAAAGCGUAGACAGCUUGAAUCUGGAAAGCAGAGUGUAAGUUCAGGAGCAGAGCUCAGAGGUCUGAAGGGCGGAGGAACUGUCAGAGACCUGUCCCAAAUAGGAGUUGGAAUCCCCAGUCGUGGAAGCAGGGAGACGGGGCCACAGGUUUCGGAUGGCUUUGGAGCUGACUUAGGAGAUCUGGAGCCUGUAUCUCUUGGAGAUGGCUCUCAUCUGUGGCACUGGGUUCUAUUACACUCUGCUCCAGCUUCCAAUCUUUAAAACAUAAGCCUGUUUUGCGAUCAUAAAGCUCACACAUGCUCAACAUGAAAAAUUCAGAAAUGCAGAGGAAAAUAAAGAAGAAAUGACCUGUAAUUUCACCGCACGGGAAAGCUAAUGUUAGCAUCGACUGCGGCUCUAGUCAGCCUUCCUCCUAUGCAUAUGAUUACAUCCAUAAGGUGAUUCUGUCUACACGGUUUAAUUUUGCAUGCUGAUUUUUUUUACUUAAAUGAUAAUAUAAUCAUUUCCCCAUGUUAUUAAGAGUCCUCUGUAAUUAAGCAUCAUUUAAAAUGACAUUUUCCCCUGGUUUUAAGCACAUCUGGACCAAUUUCUACCAAUUAAUGAAAAUCCCUAGAGAGACCUUUUUUGGGGCUGGUGAAUAGGGUGUUCCCAAAGGUGAGGGCUUCUCAGGGGCCUGUGAAUGAUAACACACUGUGAAGGACUUCCUCUCUCAAAGAUUUCUCAUCUUACCAACCACUGAUACCAGGGAGGAUCAGAGGAUGACAGCCAGCACCUUUACUGUGAAAAGCAAAAAUAGCCUAAGCCUGUGCAUGUGUGAAGCCUGGGUUUACCUCCAGCAUUGGGGGAAGAAUGAUAUGCCUUUCCUGUCUACACAUCACUGUUUGAUACUUGAAAGAACCACUGUGUUAGUCCAGAGGGCUGCCAUAACAAAACUCCACAGACUGGGUAGUUUAAAUAACAGGAAUUCUUCAUGGUUCUAGAAGCUGCCAGUGCAAGGCCAAUGUGUCAGCAAGUUUGGUUUCUGACGGAGUUUUUUCCUUAGGCUGCACACAGCUACCUUCUUGCUGAAUCCCCACAUGGUCUCUCCUGAUUUGUUUAUUUGGGAGUGCUGGGAGUCUGACCCGGGUCCCUGAACAGGCUUUAGAUCACAUCUGCUUCCUCGGUGCUGGCCUCUGACUGAGACAAUGGGGGCGGCGCCACCGCAGCAGACUUCUGAUGGACAAGAGGCGUGAGUGACUCGUCGGCUGUUAUUGUAAGCCGCGGAGGUUUUCAGGGUCACUUGUUCCUGGAGCAUAACCAUAAUUUUCCUGAUGGAUUUGCCACUCCAACCUAUCAUUCUUCCACAAAAGUCAGUAAAAGAUGGCUUUCUGAGACUCUGCCUGACUUUUAAUGAGAGCUGAAGGUCCACGCCUCAGUGUGGGUGCUGACCGGUAGGUAAAGUCACUCGCCAUCUGCGUGACCUGCUUCCACACACCACCGCACCCCUCACCUGCUUCACAGUCCUGCUUCACUGGCUUCAUACCCCGGCUCUUUGAAGCCAACUAGGAAGGUCAAACAUCAAGCGGCUAUUGUAUUUGUACUGAAUGGGCAUUCACUAAGUUCUUGUGAACUACUGAACAUGUGGGGGGGAAGUUAUUACAUUAUUAUCAAUAAUAGAUCUGCCCAUUCUUUCUUUUACUUGAGGAGCAUUGUUAUUUAGUAUUCUUCUCUUUUUCCUUCAUUGCUUUCUUUAUAAUAAUUGUAUGGGUAAUCCCAAUAACAAUUACAGCUAUUGGUCUGGGAUGUAACUCAAUGGUAGAGAAUAUUUUUAGGUACAUUGUACCAUACACUCAAUUUCCAGACCCCCAAGCUCCCUAAAAGAAAGGAAAAAUGUAAUAACUAUAGCUAUUAUUUAUUGACUUCAUUUAAAGAAAAACCAAAUCCUAGGGGCCUAGACUGCAAAGCUUGUCCACCCUCCAAGAAGGGACUCAAUCAUUCAUUUUCCAGUGAAAAUAGCUCAUUUCAGGUGACUGUUAUCAUCAUGUGGCCCGUCUUAAUCAUAGGUGAACGGUGGUGCUGGAGACCGUGACAAUAGUGACUAUUCACGUUUAUCGAAUGUCUGUAAUGAGCUGGGUCUUUGCACACACUGUUACUAGGGCUGAGUGCGGGUGUUAUUAUGCUGUUUUGUCACUAGAAAAUGAAGAUUUAGAGAUUCAGGAAGCUUGGUGAUUAGCCACCCUCCGUUCAUGCUCCAUACAGCAAACAUUACUGAGUGCUUACGGCGUGUCAGGAACCACCACUGACAAAGUGGCGGCGAUAACUGACUCAGGGAAGGUCCCCGUGCUCACAGAGCUUGUUCUCCGGGGAGAGAGACGAACAAGGAACCAGUAAACGAAAAGACAAGAUGGUUUCAGGUAGCGACUAAUGCUACAAGGAAAAGAAGACAGGGUUACUGACCAUCGUAUUAGUCACUUUUCUAUUGCUGUAAAACCCCACCAUGACCAAGGCAUCUUAAAAAAGAAAGCAUUUAAUUGGCCUUUAUGGUUUCCAAGGAUUGGAGUCCACAAUGGUGCAACAAAGGCUUGGCAGCAGGUAGAGCUGGCUCAGAGCUCACAUCUUGGCCUGCAAGCAGGAGGCAGAGAACACACUGGGAAUGGCACUAGGUUUUGAAACCUCAAAGCCUACCCCCAGCGACAUACUUCCUUCAGCAAGGCCACGCUUCCUACUCCUCCCCAUACAGCCCCCAACUAAAAAGCAAAUAUUCAAGUACCCAGAAUUUAUGGGGGACAUCUCAUUUAAGCCACCACAAUAAUGAUAAACAGAAAUGGGGAGAAUCACCCAAUGGAUGAAGAAGGAUGAAGGAGACCUAAUAAUGAGAAGCUGACGGUAAUGGUUUGAAUGAGAAUGUCCCUAGAGGUUCAGAUGUUUGAAUACUUGGUCCCCUAAGCUGGCGGCACUGCUAGGGUAGGUUUAAGGGGGUGUGGCCUUGCUGGAGGAAGUAUGUCACUGGGUGUGUGGGGUGUGUGUGUGUGAGAUUUCAAAGCCACACACCAUUCCCAGUUUGUGCUCUCUGCUUCCUGCUUAUAGUUGGAGGUAGGAGCUCUCAGCUGUUCCUGCAUCCAUGUUGGCCAUCUGCUGCUAUGACUCCCUCAUAGGAUUCGUAUCACUUUGGAACUGUGAACCCAAGGAAACUGUCUUCUGUACAGGAAUUGUUUUCAGGAAACACUGCCAUCAUCACCUCUGAGAGCAGGGUGCUUGUGAUGCUCUCGGGAAAACCAUGUUCUCCACAGUUCCUGUUCUUUCAGGCUUCCAUUCCUCCUUCUCUGCAGCCCUGGCUUCUUCCACUGCUAACCUGAACAUUUUAGUGGAUAAACCAAAUGAUCAAUCUUCCAGAUGGUCUUCAGAGAGCAACUAUCCUCCCCAGUACUUGAUUCUGAAGCUUGAAAGGCCUGCUAUAGUUCAGAAUAUUACAUUUGGAAAAUAUGAGAAAACCCAUGUCUGCAAUUUGAAGAAAUUCAAAGUCUUUGGUGGAAUGAAUGAAGAAAAUAUGACAGAGCUGUUGUCUAGUGGCUUGAAGAAUGAUUAUAACAAAGAGACAUUUACCUUGAAACAUAAAAUUGAUGAACAGAUGUUCCCUUGUCGAUUCAUUAAAAUUGUUCCACUUUUGUCCUGGGGGCCCAGCUUUAAUUUUAGCAUCUGGUAUGUUGAACUUAGUGGCAUUGAUGAUCCUGAUAUAGUGCAGCCCUGUCUGAACUGGUACAGCAAGUACCGCGAACAAGAAGCCAUUCGCCUUUGCCUGAAACACUUCAGACAACACAACUACACAGAGGCUUUUGAGUCUCUGCAGAAGAAAACCAAGAUUGCCCUGGAGCACCCGAUGUUGACAGACAUGCACGACAAACUGGUGUUGAAGGGCGACUUUGAUGCUUGCGAAGAGUUGAUUGAAAAAGCUGUGAAUGAUGGCUUGUUCAAUCAGUAUAUCAGUCAGCAGGAGUAUAAGCCGCGGUGGAGUCAGAUCAUUCCUAAGAGCACCAAAGGUGAUGGAGAAGAUAACCGACCAGGAAUGAGAGGGGGCCAUCAGAUGGUUAUUGAUGUUCAGACAGAGACUGUUUAUUUGUUUGGUGGCUGGGAUGGAACACAAGAUCUUGCUGACUUCUGGGCAUACAGUGUGAAGGAGAACCAGUGGACAUGUAUCUCUAGAGACACUGAGAAAGAGAAUGGUCCUAGUGCCAGGUCGUGCCAUAAAAUGUGCAUCGACAUCCAGCGGAGGCAGAUCUACACGUUGGGCCGCUACUUGGAUUCCUCUGUGAGGAACAGCAAGUCUCUGAAAAGUGACUUCUACCGUUACGACAUUGACACCAAUACCUGGAUGUUACUCAGUGAAGACACUGCUGCUGAUGGUGGACCAAAGCUGGUGUUUGAUCAUCAGAUGUGUAUGGACUCAGAAAAACAUAUGAUCUACACCUUUGGUGGUAGAAUUUUGACAUGUAAUGGCAGCGUAGAUGACAGCAGAGCCAGUGAACCACAGUUCAGUGGCUUGUUUGCGUUCAACUGCCAAUGUCAAACCUGGAAACUUCUUCGAGAGGACUCCUGUAAUGCUGGCCCUGAGGACAUCCAGUCUCGAAUUGGACACUGCAUGCUGUUCCACUCAAAAAAUCGUUGCUUAUAUGUAUUUGGUGGCCAGCGAUCGAAGACGUAUUUGAAUGAUUUCUUUAGUUAUGAUGUGGACUCUGAUCAUGUAGACAUAAUUUCAGAUGGCACCAAGAAAGACUCUGGGAUGGUACCAAUGACAGGAUUCACACAGAGAGCAACUAUUGAUCCAGAACUGAAUGAAAUACAUGUCUUAUCUGGACUCAGCAAAGACAAAGAAAAGAGGGAAGAGAAUGUCAGAAAUUCCUUCUGGAUUUAUGACAUUGUGAGGAAUAGCUGGUCUUGUGUCUAUAAGAAUGAUCAAGCUGCAAAAGAGAAUCUGAGUAAAAGUCUUCAGGAAGAAGAACCAUGUCCAAGGUUUGCCCAUCAGCUCGUUUAUGACGAAUUACACAAGGUUCAUUAUUUAUUUGGUGGAAAUCCAGGAAAAUCUUGCUCUCCAAAGAUGAGACUAGAUGACUUCUGGUCACUGAAGUUGUGUAGACCUUCUAAAGAUUACUUACUGAGGCAUUGCAAGUACCUCAUAAGAAAACACAGGUUUGAAGAAAAGGCCCAGAUGGAUCCUCUUAGUGCUCUGAAGUAUUUACAGAAUGAUCUUUAUAUAACUGUGGAUCAUUCAGACCCAGAAGAGACAAAAGAGUUUCAACUCUUAGCCUCAGCUCUGUUCAAAUCUGGCUCAGAUUUCACAGCUCUAGGCUUUUCAGAUGUGGAUCACACCUAUGCUCAAAGAACUCAGCUCUUUGACACCCUAGUAAAUUUCUUUCCCGACAGCAUGACUCCUCCUAAAGGCAAUCUGGUAGACCUCAUCACACUGUAAACUGGGGAGUCGAGUUGAGGAAUUGCUAGGCUCAGAAGUGGAGACUGGAGUCGGAGUUCCGUGUUUGUGUGGGCAGAGGUGACGUCGCAGUAAUUGAGGACUGCAUCAGAGUUUUGAAGGAUCCUUAUUAUCACAAGUUUUAACCCUCUCCUUCGUACCUGACCACAAUCCCCUUUUCCUCAUAUUCCUGCAUUAGGCUAAUAAAGUGAAAUUGAUAUACUUCCCAUUUAAUUAUGCAUAUCUUUCUUUAGCUUUUAAGAAUUAACAAGUGUUAAUGAAAAUGACACUUUCCUGCUUUCCCGUUUUUCCAAGUUUAUUUUUAGUUAGGAAAGCAGCCCUGUCAGUAGACUCAGUGCUGUAGGAGGUGGGGUUUGCUGUUGGGUUGUUGGCCUUUGUCCCCUUGUCCUCCUGUCUUUCCCUUUUACUUUUCCUCACCUCACAGCUACUGUCAGUGGGCCACUGGCUUACUUCGUCAUUCUUAGCAGGUGUGUAUUCCUGUGGGACAGUUGCUGUAUGGGAAGCUGAUAGGUGGAACUGUUGACUUUUCUUGUAUUAGGUUAGAGGGCCUCAGUUUAUACUUUUUGCCAUAAAACCAAAAAACAAAACUCAAGAUUGACCCAGACUCCUGAUCAGAGUUGGCAUUUCUGAAUUGAUAUUUUGUAGUGACUAUUACAGUAGCCAUUGGCUUCGAAUCACAAAAACCUGAAACCAAGGCUGUCAUCCCGAAACUUUAAGAGGGUCCCCCCAGAUGACCAGCAGGAGAGGUCCUGUCCUGAUGACUGUUUUCACUGAUAGCUUUGUAGGGAUUGGGGGAGGAAAGGACUCUCCUGUGGUAGAGUUAUACAGAACCAGUGCUCACAUUCUCCUCAGAGUUCUCUUGUUGUUGCAGUUUUAUCUGGGGAAGUGGGUUCCAGAGCUGUGCUUUCAUUUUUUUUCUGAUAUGUUUCCCUGCUGUUUUGAAGAAUAAUGGUUUGUGGUUGUCUUUUGGCAUACAACUGACAGGCAUUUCAGUAAGCAUGUGGACCAGGCUUUUUUAAAUAGACAAAAGGAAAAAAAAAUACUAAGUUUUUCACUAGACAGAAAAGUACAACAAAUUGUUCCAUUCUUGUGUAUGCAGGAACAGAGGAGCAUACCUUCCUAUUAGGUGUUGUGGAAUGUUGCAUGAGAAACCUGCAUCUGGCUAGUUAGUGUUCACAUUGCUGAAAGUGUGCCAUCUGCAGCUGGUAACCCACCAUGUUGAAAGCAGAACCUAUAAUAUCCACAUGCCAGCUGUUAAGAGUGUGUGACUAUGAAAUUGACCUGUACUUUCAAAAAGUGUCUGUAUAGGAAUGAGACUUUGAUACAUCUUUUCCUCUGUCUUUACUUCAUGAUUUUACUUUUGAGGAUGAAUGGGAGUAUAUUUUUGCCAUUUGAGAUGAACAGGAAUGUAUUUUUGCUGGUCGUAGGAUUGAAUCGUGACUUUUUAGCUUUACAAGCAUCCCAAAGCAAUCAGUAAUUUAUUAAACAUGUAAGUCAAUAACUUAUCUUGUGAAAAAUAUGAUGUAUAGUUUUUAUCAGGUAUCAAAUUGUAUAAAUACAGAAUAAUCAGUUAACUGUACAUUUGAGUAAUAUUCAAAGACUUAUAAUUUCUUAAAGUGAUUCUCCUGAGUAACAGCCAAGAGCAUAAACUGUAUCACUAAUAGUGUAGCCUGAUGGAGCUCAUUUUUCAAAGACAGAUGCAAAUCAGUAGUUGACAAAGGAACCUGAACUGGAAGUUGCCAAAAUAUAAGAGCUGUAGCUGAGCUUCUUGACAAUACAACCAAAUGGAAUUGUGCUACCUGCCACCUUUUCGUAUGCAUGCUCUCCCCCACUCCCCAUCCCACCCCCGAGUUUUUCCCAUCAGUUCUCAGACUCUAUUAUUUGGAUGAAAUUCAUUUCUUGACCUCAGUGAUUCUUUUUUUCCUCGUAACUGCUUUUUUCUGUUUCUAUCAUGCCUGCUUUAAUUCCAUCUCUCCUCACUUUUAUUUAGUUUGAGUUUUUAAUUUUCACAACCAUGUUUAAGUAGUUGAGUCCUAGGAAAGCACUGAGUGUUGCCUGAGUGAGAUCUCUCACUGACUGAGGAGGUAACUGACAGGGCUGGCUAGAUCAGGUUAGAAUCUGUGCCUUGGGGUUUAGUGGGGGCACUGCCAGUGACAGCUUCAGAAAGUAUAGGCCUUUCUGUGUCCAGGACCAAGACUGACAUGUUGCUCACAAUAUUUCAUAUCAGAACCCAGAUUGAGAAAUUGUACAGAUAUUUAUUUACUAAGGAGCAACAGCAGAAUAUUAUAAUUUAUACAAUAAAGUUAGUAUUUAAGUAACCAAAUACAUGUGCUUUACUACUUAAAGUUUCAUGUUCUAGCUUAGUCCCAAAUUAAAACACUUAGCUUUAGAUGCGUUAGUGGGAAACUGUUCCCUUUACUUAAUCCCCAGUUUCAGCCUCACCUCCAUCUCUUUUUUUCCAGCAGAAUAUGUGGCUUUCAAUCAGAAAUUAGCUGUAGAUACCUGAUGCUACUUUCACCCUUGUAUUCUGUAAGAAUUUGAACUACAAGUCACUUGACAGUGCAUUUGCGUUUUAUUUAUGAAAUAGUAGGAGACCUUACUUGGCCACCAGCUUGUUGGAUUCAGUUAUGUCGUGUUUUUUACACAGAGAGAGUCAUUUAGAAUUGGAUUCCCACCAGUGUGUCGUUAAAGCUGACACACAGUAUUAACCUUUAUCAAAGUCACCUUUUUUGAUACGGUUUCCAUUUUUACUAAAACUGCCCAUUCUGUGUCCAGAGAGUAAAAAGAGAAAGCAUUGGGAAUGAAGUCAUUGGCUUGUUGUAGAAAAGUGUGUAGGUUUAAAAUCAGUGCUGUGUUUGUUUAUAAAGCUGUAUUGAGUGCAGUGUGUGCUCUGUGUGUGAGUGCUGGCCACUUGUCACUCCACUGGCUCUCCACACCUGCCUUAAAAGUGUUUCACAGAAGUACACAGUAACAGCUUCACAGGACAAAGUAGGCUUAAAAUCCGUACAGAUAAAAGCUAGCUGAGGAACUUAACCAUUUAGUGAGAGGUUGAGAUUGUUGUUUAAUAAGUCAAAAAGCACUUAAAAGAGUGUUCCUGAUUACUAAUUUCAGAGUUAAAUUUCAUGGUAAUUAUAUAUAUAAAGGAAUUAAUUAUUUUGUUUUGUUAGAUAAUUGUGAGUCAUUUAUUUCCUGAGUGAAACAAGUGUGAAAUCCUUAGCUGACUAUUUUAUGACAGUUGGUAAUUCUGUUUUGAUAGUGUGCACUGUAGACAAAGUCACAAAGCUCUUUAAAAAUGCCCUUCCUAACACUUGCUUUUAAAAACCUUGCUCAUCUACAGUCUCAUGCCUUCGCAGAAAUUCUUGCUUGAAUUUUCACCAAGUUUUAGCUAGUCUGUGGUUUAGGAUGUUCAGGCUCUACAAGAAAAAAAAUCUCUAGUUGCUGGAGCUAUGUCAUAGAGGUCUGUAUAUGACAAUAUUUACAGAUUAAGUCAUUGGGCUCUUUAAUGCAAUUUUUGUUUUCUGUAUUAGGCAAAUAAUACUAAUUUUUAUAUGUGGUUUUUGACUGUGGGUUUAGUCUCUGUAAUUUGUCUUAAUGUUAAAAUGGCUUGGCUAUCCAAAGCUUCUAGUAUAUGUCAGGUAUAUAUUAUAUAAAAUCUUCUCUAUAUAGGUGUGUCAGUUGAAGGUCAGAGUUUCCACAUUUGUUGAAAUUACAUGGAGCUGACCAGUACAAAUUAAUGACAUGAAUAGUUUGCUUAUUUGUGGGGUGGAGUUAUUGCAGUCUAUUGAUUUUAUCACCAAUGCUAUUGUUUUCUUAAUAAAUGCUAUCUCAAAUUUUAUUUUUAGAUGACUUUUAACCGUAAAUUUAUUCUACUCACCAAUUACUGUGAAUUGUGUUUCCAUUUAUUUUCCUUGGUAAUUUAACUUUAUUCAUUACUUCUCAGAUUUUUUUCUAUGGCACUGUUUAGAAUUAUUGUAUUGCUUUUUAAAAAAAGUCAAAUUAUUGUCAAUCAUACAUGCUUCUGUUUAUGAUAAGAGAAUAAUGAGAUUAAAAUGUAUAUUGGUAAAGAAGUAAUAACAUUUAGAUAUUGCUAUAAAAUGCGUGUGCCAUUUUCAUUUGGGGAUAGUGAUCAUUUCAAUGGCAGCUUUCACUGAGAAACAUGGUCUGGCUUCUUUUCCUGGUACUAGGGACAGUUGUCAUAGAACUGUUGGCAUAAUACAGGUUCUGAAAGAAAGCUAGCUCAUGGAGACCAGUGUGCCACCACACUUUACAUCUGCUAUCACCCUUUCUUUUUAUUGUAUUUUUACCCAACUUUUUUCUGCUUCUAUCUCCAUCAGUAGCAUUGAUUUUCUGUUGAAGUUGAAAUUUGUGCUAAUCGUUGGCUUUUAGUGUUGUGGUACAUACCUUUAAUCCCAGCAUUUGGGAGACAGAAGCAAAAAGAUAUCUCUGUGAGUUCAAGGCCAGUCUAUCUACAUAGUGAGUUCCAGGCCAGCUGGAGCUGCAUAAUGAGUCCCCGCCCCAAGGUUUGGGGGUGGGGCUAAUUUCUGAUACAGUUUGAAUAUUAUAAAUGGCUUUUAUUACCACUAAAUAACUGAUAUUCCUUAUUUUCUUAAAAAAUAAAAAUAAUAUAGUGAUGCAAAUAUCUUUUCUGAUAAAGACCAUGAUUUUAGGGUAGGUAAGAUGGCUCAGAAAGUAAAGAGGUGUGCUCCAGGACACACAUGAUGGACGUAGAGAACUGCUUCCCACAGUUGACUCUGACCUCCACACAUGCACAUGCAUACAAAAUAAAUGAAUAAGUAAAUGAAAUUGUUAAAAAUUGUACAAGUGUGAACUUACAUUCAGUUCCAAGUGACUAAAUUGCUUUCUCAGUCAUAAAGCUAGUGAUAAAAUUGUCAGGCAGUAACAUCUGUAGUGUCUAAGCUAGGGAGUCCUUAGACAGUACGGUAAGUUAGACUUUGUACUAGACUAGGAGAAAUACCUUCCUGGAAAAUUCCUGUUACUCUCUUUUUCUAAAGCCACUGAUCUUGAAUUGGAGUCCAGUUCACAACACAGAAAACAAAGGAUGAUUCUAAUUUCUCUUCUGCAUUCCAGCUGUAAGUCAGAUCUGCAGAUGUGCAGUGUAGCUAGAGUUUUCCUGCCUGGCCCAUAGUCAGGACAAAUCUCUCUCACCCGCCAGUCCCAUAACCGCUCAGACCCGACCAAGUAAACAUAGAGACUUAUAUUGGUUUUAAACUGUAUGGCCGUGGCAGGCUUCUUGCUAAUUGUUCUUACAGCUUAAAUUAAUCCAUUUCUAUUAAUCUAUAUCUUGCCACAUGGCUUGUGGCUUACAGUAUUUUACAUCUUCCUUGUCCUGAUGGCGGCUGGCAGUGUCUCCCUCACCCAGCUUCCUGUUCUCACAAUUCUCCUCUCUCUUAGUCCCGCCUAUACUUCCUGCCUGGCCACUGACUAAUCAGUGAUUUAUUCAUUGACCAAUCAGCAACACAUUUGACAUACAGACCAUCCCACAGCAGUGCAGUUUUGUCCCCAAACACGGGCAGGCUUGCUUGGAAACAGGUCUGUGUGGAUGCCGUCUAACAGCUAUGGAAUCAACAACAGGAAAGGCGGCAGUGCAGGAUGUCAAGUAGGGAGGGAAGGGAACCAGUUCUGAGGACUGUGACAUCAUGUGUCUCCUUUUUCUCUGCUGCAUGGGUGGCCCCAGUAGGCUGUUAUAUGUACAUGUGCACUGUUAUAUGUAUAUGUGCAUUGUCCCAAGAUGGGUUGACCUCUGGAAGAAAGCCCCAGAGGAGAAUGAAAGUGUGCUAGAAAAAGAAAAAACAGGAGUUUGAAGGUUCCUAAAACUAAGCAAGGCAGAAAGCUCUUCAUUAUUAAGCUAGAAUAAGUCUGUGGAUUCAGUGCUAGGAAAAAAGUUAUCAAAGGGGGUCAAAGCUUGUGUUCUUCUGAAUAGGUUUGGGAAAGUAGCAUUUCCUAGGUAAUUAAUUUUUUUACUCUUCUUGCAAAUACAGACUUUAAAACAGCCCAGAGUAAUCUUUAAAUUUUAAAACUAAGUAGUUUUCUACAUAUGGCUAGUUCCUUGAUAAGCCCACGGGAAAAAAAAAUAGAAGUGAAACGUUUCAACGUACAAUGUGGAGGCUCCCAAAGGACCUUUUCAGUCACCAUCUCUGAGCUCUUGGUGCAGCGCAGCCCUGGACCAUCUUGCAUGCUAGCCUCAAGCCCAGCAAAGAGUUUCCGUACUUGAGCUGGCUGUCACACAGAAAACGAGCCUGAAGACAUCCUCAUUCUUCAGUUUCAUCCACUGCUUAGUGGAUGCCAGGUUAGUUGGCAGCGAAGAAAUCAUGUGUGUUCUGUCUGCAGCAAGCCCGUGGGUAUGGGUGAGGGUUGCUCAGACUGGCUUGGGAACUGUGUUUUUCUCCGUUGUUAGCAAGUCUCAAGAAAGUCCUAAGCUCAGCUUGUGUUGGUAGGUUGGUGUUCGUUUACUGAGCCCCUAAAAUAGGAAGAAAGUGUCAUUGUGUACCUCAGAUCCAUACAGAAUUGGACUGACAGGGUUUUUUUUUUUUUGUCUUAAAAUGAAUUACUCUUAUCCAAUCCUGGUGGUUGUAUUUAUUUGUCCUUAGUGUUGCGGGUUUCUGAUAACUUUAUGCUUUUAGGUGUUCUACAUACCUGUAAAAUGAUGGAUUAAAUUGGAAAAAGAACCUAGAAUAUGGUCCGGUUCCCUUAACAGCUGGCAAAGCUUUAGAUUCAGUUGCAACCCAAGACCAGAAACCCUUCAGGCCAUGCCGGCCUGCAUUUGACAAGUGAUUGUUGAGAGUAUUACAGUGCAAUUGCUGUAUUUACAUUCUUGGGAUGCAGUGGCUACUGAAAACAGAGGUGUGUGUAAUUUUCAUUUUUUAGCAUGCCCACUUCUGAAGCUAUAGAGCACGUGUACCUUUGCAGGUCCUGGCCUAAUUUCACAUAUAAAUGCCAGUCAUGCCUGUGAGAACACAGAAAAGUAAUUGUCAGCCCAGCCCACUUAAUGAUAGAUGUCCAACUCCAAAAUACGAGGCUAUGUAUGAAUGAGUUUCUGUGGGGAGAGUUUUUUUUUUAAUUGGGGUGAAGAAACACAGGCAACAAGCACACAGAGAGGACGACUCAGAAGCAGAGGGCACUCAGGAAGCUGAUGCCCCAGAUAGAGAAAUGUUUCCAUUGUUCAUGAAAGAAAAAGACCAUGUGUUUGCUAAGCUUCCAGAGAGCCCUCCUGAACAGUGUGGCUCCCUCUCCUAAUCAUUACCUUUAGCCUGGGCACAAACGCUAUGUUUGUGGUCUUUAAGCCGGUCUGCCUUCUGACAUGUAUGCAGAGUCUUUGGAAAUCAGAUAGAUUGUACAGUAUUGGUUAUCCUUUAUGUCUAGCCUUCUGCUCAAUUUAGAAAAAUAAUGUGGCAUUCUUUUUGUUCCUGUGAGCAGAUUUUGUUUGGAGUCUACAUUUCCUUUUUCUUUUUGAAGUGAAGACAUAUUCUUCUUAUUACCGAUCUAAAGUUAUGCACAGCUGACUCUGCAGCCUCAAAAGAGGAUGAGGGGGCUAAGGGAGGAAUUUUCCUUGUCUUAGUCCUGAGAUCAUGCAGUAUUCCAUCUCUGGAGAAGACAUAUUUAUAAUCCACACAAGACAAGUGUUAACGUUUUUUAAAGCCAACUGUUUUGCUUUUGUGAGUCAGAAGUACAUAGUGACCAGAAUUAAGAUGCCAUCUGAUAAAGAGCUUCCGAGCCAAAGUUUGGGUGGAAAUUAGAUAAAGAAAGAUCACAGCAGCUGGGCAGUGGUGGCGCGUGCUUUUGAUUCCCAGUCCUUGGGAGGCAGAGGCAGGUGGGUCUCUGUGAGUUCGAGGCCAGCCUGGUCUACAGAGCAAGUUCCAGGACAACCAGAGCUGUUACACAGAGAAACCCUGUCUCUGAAAACUGAAAGGAAAAAAAAAAGAGAUUGAAGCUUGCCAGCAGGUGGUACACCCUCAUGUCCCCAGGCCUGAGUGAGGCUGCAUCUAGCCUUCCCGGGGAGAGCAUCUGGCCUGGACACGCUGGAAUCAGCUGAUCUGAAAGCUAGGAGGUGUUAAGUGACCUUUGUGAAUUUUAAUAACAUAUUGAUUUUGUAAUCAUAAAACUAUGCCUAUUACAUAAAAAUAGGAAAGCACUAAGUAAAAGUAAGGAAGGAAGGCUCUCAUUUACUGACUGACAAGACCCAAGACCACUUCUUUUUUUUUUUUUUUCUUUGUGUUUUUGAGACGGGUUUUAUUUGCUUUGUAGUUCUGGAUGUGCUGGAACUCUCAGAGCCCCACCUGCCUCUGCCUCCUGAGUGCUGGGAUUAAAAUGUGGGCCACUAGGCAUGGCUAACUUUUUUUUUUAAUCUUGUUUUUCUUACCUUUCUUAUCAAAAGGGCCAAAGCCAAGAAAGGUCUUUAAGCAAAUGUUACUGGCCUUUCUGUUUUCUGCUGCAGGUGUACAGGUAGGACCAGCUUGCAAGUGUACAUACGACUUAUCCCUGCUUAUGAUCCUCAGUUAUUAUCUUGCCAUAAAGUUUGAAAAGUAGAAAAAAAAGUUUCUGUGUAUCUCUGGUGAUGAACUUUGGGGAAAGAGAACUCCUUGGCAGCUAUGGAGUGUUUCUUUUCUGGUUACUGGAAAUUUUAUCCCUAAGACUGCAUUUGUAUGGCAUUUAGGCACCAUCACAGGCAUAUGGAACAUAGUCCCAUCGUGAGUAGACUUCUAUUGGUGAUGAACGCUUCCUAUGUCCAAAAUUAAACGCACACUCAAAAAUAAAAGGCUGAAAGCAAAGCCAAAGGAAUACAAUAUAAGCAGACUAUAAGGAGUUCAUUUCCAUGGAAUAAGAGCUCCUUAUCAUGCUAAACAAAUGCCUAGAAAACAAUGUGUAAACACCGGCCAGGAGUUAGAAGUUUUACAAGUUUGGCACCUCGGUUUUUGGAUUAGACUCUUUAACGCCUGAUGUGGAGGAGAAAACCACCCUGUUGGACUCUGCUUUCUUCCCCCUCCUUUGGGAGUGCAGGAAUUGUAGAAACAGAAACAAUGUUGCAAGCUACCUGGAAUGUCAGCAUGUGUGAACUGGAACAUGUAAACAACGCUCUUGGGUCUGAUCUCAUCUCUUCCAGCAUCAGUACUUAGGGUGCGUUGGCUCUAUUGAGUUCUGCAAUCGCCCCAGGCUCCAGGCUACGUGAACCUCUCUGGUUUAUCUUUUAUCCAAUCCUUGUGGACUUUCUAGGACUUCUUUUUGGUAAUUUUCUGACUCCAGAUUUGGUACAUGUUAUCAUUACUUUGUGAGUAAAUAAAUGAGUGGUCUCUGCUGAACAACUGCAGUUGUAGAAUUAUGUUGUAUGUAAUGUACAUAUGAAGAAUGUAUUUUGUUCAUUUUCCUAAUAAAAAGUUAUAUAUGAACACCA